AUGGAUGUUUGUCUCGAGGUUGUUGGUGAUGGAGGAAGUAGAAGGGCAGAUGACAAGCAACUACCAGGUAAUAAACAAGCACACGAGCUAGAAACCAAUAGCUUGCAAAAGCAACAGCCAAGUUCAAGUCCACCCGCCGCUACCAGGAAUGACUUUGGAAAUGGAAUUGGGGGACUUUUUAUUUGUCUGAAUCCUUGAUAGGGAUAGGGAUACAACGCUUUGAAUCUGUUUAUCGCGACUUUCCGUUAAUUGCCCCAAAUCAUUUCAGGUGUGACGACUUCGAGGUAUAAUGGAAGAAGCAAAGAUGUCUGGUCUUAUGAACGUCUCCAGGGUCUUCAUGGAACCAAAACGGGAAGGGAAAAAAGAUAAGAUGGACCAAUGUUUAUGAAUGCCACGAAUUCUAUGGAUUGGUUGCCAUAAGCAAGAUUAUAUCAAAGAAGGGAAAAGCUAAUCAGUAUCCUUGACCUGGUGUGUUUGAUUAUGAAAAACGUCGACGAACGGGGUUGAUGGGUUGAUAUCGAUAUAUGGUGUAUUAAGAGUGUGUGUCUAUCUGUGUCGUAGAUGUAGAUGUAGAUGUCCCAAACACUACCUAGUAUAUAUACUGUCCAUCCAAA